AUGGGGAGCCUGCCCAGCCGGGAGAAGCAACUCAGCAUCCCAAUGGCAGCUGCCAUCCCCACACCAUCUCCGCUGCCCACGCAGGCAGCCCCGAACAGCUUCCUGGCACUGGCUCUGUGCGACUUCCCCUCUGGCACAGAUGUGCCCACUGUCCUGAGGAUGGGAGAGCAGCUCCACAUCCUCGCCAAGGAUGGGGAGUGGUGGUUGGUGGCAUCCAAGGUGUCUGGCAAGGAGUGCCUCAUCCCCAGCAGCUGCGUGGCCAAGGUGUGGCACAGGUGGCUGUACGAGGGCAUCAGCCGGGAGAAGGCAGAGGAAUUGCUGCUCCAACCUGGCAACCACCAUGGGUCCUUCCUGAUCCGGCAGAGCCAGACCAGGAAAGGCUGCUACUCUCUGUCGGUGCGGCGCACUGAGCUCACGUCAUGGGACUCGGUCACACACUACCGCAUCCACCGCCUGGAAAACGGCUGGCUCUACAUCUCUCCGCGGCUCACCUUUUCCAACCUGCAUGACCUCGUGGACCACUACACAGAGUGUGGGGAGGGUCUGUGCUGUGCCCUCAGGCAGCCCUGCUCCAUGGAGAGUGCGAGGGCAGCCCCGGCCCUGGCCCAGCCCACCAUGGUGAAGAAGCCGUCACUCAACUGGGACAAGAUCGACAGUUCUGUCCUGUUGUCAGAGGCUGUGCCACCACCGGAGGAAGAGGAGGAUGACUCCCCCAUCAGCCUGGGCCUUCGGGAAGCCAUCAGCUCCUACCUCCUCCUGACAGAUGAGGAGGUACCAGAGAUGGGCACUGCAGGGAAAGGGGUGAAGAACAGCUGA